CAACGCGGCGGCACGAUGGCGCCGCGCUGGGUCGCGGGGGUGAUGGCGGCGGCCGCGGUGAUGGCGGUGGCGGUGAUGGCGCUGGACAACGGGCUGGCCCGGACACCGCCCAUGGGGUGGCUGCACUGGGAGCGCUUCCUCUGCGGCACCGACUGCGCCGAUCACCCGAGUCGCUGCGUCAGCGAGCAGCUGUUCGUGGAGAUGGCGGACAGGAUGGCGGCCGAGGGCUGGAGGGACGCCGGCUACGAGUUCCUCUGCAUCGACGACUGCUGGAUGGCCCCGACGCGCGACGGGCAGGGCAGGCUGCGGGCGGACCCGGAGCGGUUCCCCGGAGGGAUCCGCCGGCUGGCCGACUACGUGCACUCCAAGGGUCUGAAACUGGGGAUCUACAGCGACGUGGGGAGCAAGACCUGUGCUGGCUUCCCUGGCAGCUACGGCCACUACGAGCUGGAUGCCCAGACCUUCGCCUCCUGGGGCGUGGACCUGCUCAAGUUUGAUGGCUGCAACUCUGGCUCGCUGGAGCAGCUGGCAGAAGGUUACAGGCGCAUGUCUCUGGCCCUGAACAAGACUGGAAGGAGCAUUGUGUACGCCUGUGAGUGGCCUUUCUACUUGAGGCCCGUGCAGCAGCCCAAUUACACGGAGAUCAAACAUUAUUGCAAUCACUGGAGGAACUUUUAUGAUGUCUAUGAUUCCUGGAACAGCAUCAAGAGUAUCUUGGCAUGGACAGCUCUUCACCAGGACAGCAUUGUGAAGAUAGCUGGGCCGGGGGGCUGGAAUGAUCCUGACAUGCUGGUGAUUGGAAACUUCGGGCUGAGCUGGGACCAGUCGGUGACUCAGAUGGCCAUGUGGGCCAUCAUGGCAGCUCCCCUCUUCAUGUCCAACGACCUGCGGCACAUCAGUCCCGAGGCCAAGUGUCUGCUCCAGAACAAGGAGGUGAUUGCCAUCAACCAGGACCCGCUGGGCAGGCAGGGAUACCAGAUCCUCAAGGACAAGACCUUUGAGCUGUGGGAGCGGCCCCUGUCUGGCCGAGCCUACGCUGUGGCAGUGCUGAACCAGCAGGAGAUUGGGGGACCCCAGAACUUCACCUUCUCCCUCACCUUCCUCGGCAAUGGGCUGGCCUGCAACCCAGCGUGCUCCGUGCGCCAGGUCCUGCCAGCCAGCAGGGACUGGGGUGUUUACAGCUGGACCUCCUUCCUGAGCGUGGAGGUGAACCCCACAGGCACCGUGCUGCUCAAAGUCCUGCCACUAUAGCAGGCAGUCUUCUCCUAAGCCUUAGACUCUGUCUGAACUCCUUGAGGAACUCCCUGUGGCAGGAGUCUCCUUCCUCCAAGCAGGUGCCUUUGUUCUCUCCUCAGGUGCUCAUUACUUGAACACUCAGCCUAAUGUGGCAAAUACCCAUCACCACAGGGAACAAAGAGAGGGCCACUGCUCUGCUGUUUACCCUUUCUCUGGCAUCUCACCCAACUCCUUCUCCAAGGGGCUGGAAGGGCUCCAGCAGGGCAGCAACUCCUGUUUCCACCCAAAGACACUACCAAGCAAGGACAGGCGAGAGAUACACCUGCAGCAUCCUACAGCUCACCUUGAGCAUUUCAGGGACAAAAGGGAAACAUCCUGGCCACCUUGCUCUCUUUUCCAGACCAGGGCACACAGUCCAAGAAAAGCUGCUCUUACCCCACUAAAGAAACCCAAAACUCUCCUCAGAGCAUGGACAUUCACUUUCUGACAACUGAGGGACUGGCCUAAAUCAUUGCACUUAACUUCCUUGACAGCUGCUUGCUUAGUAUAAAUAGGAUUAAGUAGCAUGCUGCAGGACAGCUUUUGAGAGUUUCUCCUCACACCAGAAAUCUUCCUCUCACCAGUGGCUGUCACUUCCCUCUCUGCCCUUCAUGUGGCCACUGAAGUUCCCUUCCUCAGUGAGCUGUCUUCCAGAAACAGCUGUGUCCUUGCUUCCAGAGCUGGCAGCAGCAUUUGAAUGACACAGGUCCUUCCACAACAGGAGAUGGAUCAUCACUAAUGCAGCCACGCAUGUACAAGUACGUUCUCUUCUGACCACUACACAAUCGGGACUUCUUCAUUUGUUCUUCUGUGAUUAAGCACUUUGAUUAAAAGUCCCUUUAAAAGGCUAA